CCAAGACAAAGAACACAAAUUUGGUUGCCUUAAGAUCUGCUACAAAUGGCAACUGCCUCUAUAGUUCAUUGUCAAUUCUGCUUGUUGGUGACAACUCUGUGGUGACUAUUUUGAGGCUCAUGACCUCUAUAGAAUUAUUUUUAUAUGCUGAUUAUUAUGCGAAACAUCCAUGUUUUUCAAAUCUUUUUGAAACUCAGCAUAACAAACACUUUGAUUCCAUCUCAAGCAUGGUGGCCAUGUCAGUCUCUUUUGAAGCUAUUGAUAGUGCUGGAAGUGGUUGUUCUGUUGCUGAACUGGUCAGGGCAGAAGCUGUGUUAAAUGCAAAAGAUAUGGCAUGGACUGGGUUUGUUUGUUUGUUGGCACUCUCUUCAGUUACAUCCUGUAGCAUUUUUUCUUACUAUCCUGACAUAUACUCUAGUGCUUAUAGGUGGAAUUUAUUAUUUAACCAAAGAAUUGAACCUCGAAUUCGAUCUAGAGCUUGUGCUUCCACUAGUAAUUAUUUGCGAGUUUUGUUUUGCUUUGAAGGUUCAGCUCCUCAAGCAACUGCAUUCAAACACAAUGCCUUUGAUACUUGGUGGGAAGGGAACUAAAAGAAAGGGAAGUAGUCACUUGUCACAAGCUAAAAAGCCCAGUAUACAAACAAAGUUGAGGUUUACACCUUCUGGUCCUACUAAGACAACCAUGACAACUAAGGCUCAUCCAUAUGGUAUAUCUCACAGUAGCGCUUUGGGUUCUUGUGAUGCUUCUUCUUUUAUUUCAUCUUCUACCUUGCAAUUACCAGAUAAUAAAACUGCAAAUGCUGAUUUGCCUAGAAAUCCAUAUGAUGUUGGUUUUUAUAGAGAAAAGGUGAGAGGUAUGGAAAUUCAUGAAAUUGAAAAACUUGUGAAGAAUGUAUUCGUACGUGAUGAAUGCUAUGAAUUUCCUAAAACUGUUGAUGCAAAUGGUCGCAGUAGGUCUUUUCGACAUGAUUGGCUGAAGGAUUAUCUUUGGCUUUCGUAUUCUCCAAGUCUUAAUGGUGCUUUUUGCUUACCAUGUGUUUUGUUUGGUGAUAGGUUUCCCUCCAAAAACAGUCGAAUUAAAAUAUUUUUUUCAGAGCCAUUAACACAUUGGCCUGAUGCUAAAAGUGCAAUAAAAAGGCAUAUAAGUACAUCAUCAGGUCUUCAUGUUCACACUUCGGCUCUUCUUAAGGAUAUCUUGGAUCAGAGUUCCGGUAAAAGCCAGCCAAUAAAUGUCAUGAUUGACAGUAACUUAAAGAAAAAGAUUUCAGAGAAUAGGAAAAAAUUAGUUCCAGUAGUUGAUACCAUCAUUCUUGCAGGUCGCCUUCAAUUACCACUUAGAGGUCAUCGGGAUGAUUCUCAGUAUCAUCCUGAAGUUGGUGAAUAUUCUGAAAAGCAUGUUGGUAAUUUUAUUGAAUUAUUAAACUUCCGUGUUCGUGCAGGGGACACCAUUUUGGAAUCCCAUCUUAAGCAUCAUGAUAAAAUGCCUCCUACAUCUCUAAAACUACUCAGAAUGAGUUAA